UUCACUUUUUCUAUCUUCAGAAAAACCCUAAAACUGAAAACACUUGAAAGCACUACAAAACCAGAGAGACAAAGAGUGGAAUGAAGAAAGAGAGAGCAGCUUUUUGAAAAUUUCGAGGUUAUUCUUGGGAUUUUCGAACUCUUUUUCUCAGCUUUAAGUUUAUAUGGACUGAAAUCUUCUCUACUUAGUUGUUGUGGGAUUUGGAGUUGCGCUUUUUAAUGGCGAUGGAAAAGCCUAUUGUGUUGGAGAAUUUUAGAGUUGGAAAUGGUCAUGUCAAUUCUAAUGGUGGUGAGGCAGUUCAUGUGUCAAUGAUGGUUGAUGAUGAUGGUAAAGAGAGUGAGAAUCCAGAGAAUGAGCUGCUUGAGGAUUUGGAUUCAUAUUGGGAAGAUAUCAAUGAUCGUUUGACCAUUUCGAGGAUGGUAAGUGAUUCGGUUAUCAAAGGCAUGGUGAGUGCAGUUGAACAGGAGGCAGCUCAAAAGAUUGCUGAGAAAGAACUGGAGUUGGCCAGAUUGAAAGAAACAUUGAAUCUUUACCAUGUGGGUGCUGAUGAAAGUGAAUCAUCUGGGUCUUUGGUGAUGCAGCAUGAGCCACGAAGUGAAAAACCAUAUUCGGGCUUGUCAAAUGGGUCAUUUGAUUCCAAUGGGAUAGGAGAAUCUCUGGUUAGCCUUAAAGAUGUGGCUAAAAAGCAGUUGAAGAACCUUACAAAAGAAAUUGACCGCAUAAGAGGAAGCUGUUCUAUGAUGAGGAUAGGUUUGGGUUCUGAGAUGGUAGGAUUGGGUGGUAUUCUACAAGACAAGGUAUCUGACAUAAAAUGGAUGGAUGUGGAUAAAAUACUUGAUUCCUUGAGAACUACACUAAAUAUGAUAUGCAAGCAGGUGGAUGACAUGGUUUACUUGUCAAAAACAUCACUCUGUCAAUUGCAGCAGGAGAAGGGGUUUCAAGGAGAGAUUGAAGAUAUGGUAAUCAUGAAUUGUAUUAGGGGUCUCAAAGAAGAGCUUGAAGAAAGAUUGUGGGAUCAAAAUGCUUGGUUUUAUGAUAAUGAAAAUUUAAGCUGGUUUGAGAAGAUCAAAGAGAUUUCAAGUUUACGUCAGGAAUUGGAUGCCAUUUCCAAAUCACUGUCUGUUCCAGAAAUUGGACAUAUAUCUUCUCAUGGGUCAAUGGAGAUUGGCGAGGAAUGUAAUAACAAUAAAAGGACUGAUCAUUUACAUCGUAAAGUUUCAGGAAAUCAUGUUUCGUUAUCAGCUUCUCUUUGGGAGGGUAAUGGGAAGCACGAUGAGUCAAUAAUUGUUGUGCCAGAGAAUGUGGACUAUGCCCAACUGAAGCACAUGACAAAAGAAGAAUUGGUGAAUUAUUUUAAGGCCGAAAUGACAAAAAUGAAGAGAACCCAUGAACUUAAAGUGCAAGAGAUGACUGAAGAAUAUUUCAGCCUUAAGCGAGAAUACUUGAGAGAAAGAGGGUCUUCUUUGCCAUUUAAGAAGGAUAAAGAGUUUGAUGCAUUGAGGAAAAAGAUUCCAGAGGUAAUUUUGAAAUUGGAUGAUAUUCUUUUAGAAAACGAGAAGUUAGAUCCAUUUAGUAAGAAUGCUGAGAGUCUUUGCUGUUUAAAGGAUAGAUUGGAAUCCCUUCUCUCAGAUAAUCGCCAGUUGAGGGGCAUGAUUACUGAUAAGAAAAGAGAAGUUAAACGCCUGUCUUCUCAAGUUUCUGAUACUGCAGAGAUAAUGUUGCAGCACUCUGUUGCUGAGGAAAACUUGGUAAAGAGAAUUGGACAUCUUCAGUGUGCUCUUGAAGAUGCUUGUAUUGAAGCUUCAAUUACUAAAGAUGUGUAUAAAUGCUUUCUCAGGGGUGUGGUGAACUCUAAUAGCAGUGUCACCGAAUCUAGCAGCAUUUAUGAUUUUGAAGAUUCAGCUAUGGAAUCCAUUAUUAUGCAAGAGCUGUGUACAGUAAUAUUCAAAGAAUCCUUAAAGGAAGCUGAAGAGAAACUUUUCGACAUGAACCUGAAAUAUAUUAAAGAAAAUGAAUUUCGAGUUCAUGUUGAAACCGAAGCAUUGCAAAAAGAAGAGGCAUUAAAUUUGGAGGUUUUUGAGAAGGAAAAACUAAAGCAAGAGACAUUCUUAUUGUCGUCAUUGAUGGAAGAAAAGGAAAAAUUAGCCCAGGAAGCAGCAGCUGCAUUGGUGAAAGAAAAGGAGCAAUUUGAGUUGGUUUCUCUAGAGCUGAACAAUUUAAGAAAUGAGACAAGUCGACAGGAAAUGUUAAUUUCUGAAAGUAGUAAAGAAUCUGAUGUCAUGAAACGUGAAUUGAGCAUAGCAUUGGAACAGAUUGAAGGAUACAAGUUGGAGUUGCAUGACCUAAAGCACAAAUUUACACUGAAAAUGAAUGAGAUUAGAGAAAUUGACGAAGAAAGGAAGACACUCCUGUCUGUUACCCAAGAGAGGCAAAAUUCCACAUCAUUGGUUGAAGCUAAAGAAAGGGAGCAUAAGAGGCAAAUACAAUCCUUGACCAUUCUUGUUCAGUGUUUAUACACGAGAUUAGCUGAUUUUGAAUGCAGAGUAAUGGAUGAUAUUGCAAAAAGUAAUAUGAGAUUGGACAAUUUGAGUUCUCCAUUGAGAGCUCUUAUUCAGAAAGCUAAAGUAAUCAAAGGCACGGGGUUGAUGUACAGACAGAAGCUUGAAAGGAGGAGUUCUGACCUUCAAAAGGCUGAAGCUGAGGUUGAUCUUCUUGGUGAUGAGGUGGAUGCUCUUUUGAGCCUGCUUGAGAAAAUAUACAUAGCACUUGAUCAUUAUUCUCCAGUAUUGCAACAUUAUCCUGGGAUUAUUGAGAUUCUGAAGUUGGUUAGAAGAGAAUUGGGUGGAGAAUCUACAAAACCAGCUUGAUCUGCUCUUCCAUUAGAUGGAGAUCUGCAUGGUUUCUUUUUCGCACAUGCUGCUUCCUUUUUUGUUACUUCACCAAUAUGGAUAGCGGAUUAUGC